AUGGAUUAAGAUUAAUCAAUCAAAUUGGAGGACAUUCAUUAUACAAAUUUCACAGACUAUAGUUAAAUACCCAAAAUUAUGCCUAUGAUUGAUGCUGAAUUAUCUGAGCCCUAUUCUAUUUACACUUAUAGAUAUUUUUUAUAUGGGUGGCCAGAUCUGUCUAUUUUUGCAUAUUAUAACAAUGAAAUUAUCGGGGUUGUAAUUGGAAAAUUAGAUAAGCAUAGUAAAUCUGGCAGAAACAGGGGUUACAUAGCUAUGAUUGUGGUAGAAAAGAAGUAUAGACGCCUUAGAAUAGGAAGAAUUUUGGCAUAAAAAUUUAUUGACAAAAUAAAAGAAAAAGGUGGUGAUGAAAUAGUGUUAGAGACCGAAUAAACAAAUCAUGCAGCGUUGAGAUUGUAUGAGUCUCUGGGUUUUGCCAAAAUGAAAAGAAUGCAAAACUAUUACAUGUCAGGAAAUGACGCAUUUCGUUUGAAAUUGUUCCUGGUGGAUCCUCUAGAUUCCCAUUAAAAAAGUGAAUGAGUAUACAAGAAAAUGUUAAAGUUUUAUGAAGUAAUCAUAUACUAUA